UAUGUCAGGAAACGUCGCCAGGAUUCUACGAUUAACGCACGACAAACAGGAAACAUUUUUGAAAAUGUUGAUAUUGGUGCUGGCAGCAUUGGUCGCAUUUUCUUGUUUUUAACUGUUACAAGACACGAUUUUUUUAACAAUGCAUCAUUUAGCCGAUUGUUCGCCGUGAUCAGAUUCGAGUCAGUAAUUCAUGAAUUUGAUCCUUAUUUCAAUUACCGAACAACAAGAUAUUUGACAGAAAAAGGAUAUUAUAGUUUUCAUAAUUGGUUCGAUGACAGAGCUUGGUAUCCUUUGGGGAGAAUAAUCGGUGGCACGAUCUAUCCUGGAUUGAUGGUAACAAGUGCAUUAAUCUAUCGCUCUCUACAUUUUAUACAUAUUGCAUUACAUGUGCGCGAAAUUUGUGUUUUUCUGGCUCCACUGUUCAGCUCAUUCACAGUUGUAAUAACAUACAUGCUAACCAAGGAAUUAAAGGAUGAUUCUGCUGGACUUAUUGCUGCUUCGAUGAUUGCUAUAGUUCCAGGUUAUAUUUCUCGAUCUGUUGCUGGUUCGUAUGACAACGAAGGCAUUGCUAUAUUUUGUAUGCUGUUGACCUAUUACUUAUGGAUUAAGGCUCUGAAAAGCGGGAAUGUGUAUUGGGCAGUUUUAUGUGCGCUUGGUUAUUUCUAUAUGGUUUCUUCUUGGGGUGGUUAUGUAUUUCUUAUUAAUCUUAUUCCAUUACAUGUCUUGGUACUUAUAUGCACUGGGCGAUUUUCAAACAAAACUUAUAUAGCAUAUUCUACGUUCUAUACUAUCGGAACUGUACUUUCCAUGCAAAUUCCUUUUGUGGGAUUUCAACCAGUGCAAACAUCAGAGCAUUUAGCGGCUUUUGGCGUUUUUGGGUUAUGUCAGAUUGUUGCGUUUGCAAAAUGGCUGAGAAUGAGAAUGUCGGAAAGAGAUUUUCAUUUUCUUUUCCGAUCAACUGUUUUGUUUGUUGCAUGCGCUGUUGCCAUAAGUGUCAUUGUGGCUUCGUAUCUUGGAAAAAUUGCUCCUUGGACUGGAAGGUUUUAUUCAUUGCUGGAUCCAUCAUAUGCUAAAAAUAACAUUCCUAUUAUUGCAUCUGUUUCGGAACAUCAACCUACAGCAUGGAGUUCUUUUUAUUUCGAUUUGCAAAUUCUAGUAUUUACUUUCCCAGUUGGAUUAUAUUUUUGCUUUAAAGAUCUCAGUAAUCACAACAUAUUCAUCAUACUCUACGCUCUAACAAGUAUUUAUUUUGCGGGUGUGAUGGUACGAUUGAUGUUAGUUUUAGCACCAGUAAUGUGUAUAAUGGGUGGUAUCGCACUCUCAUCGACUCUUACUACUUUUAUGAAAAAUUUGAAUUCAUCGUCAGCUCAUGUCAAACAUGAAAAAAGAGAACGAGAUCGGAAUUAUCCUUAUAAAAAUGCAGUACAUUUUAGUUUUGGUAUUCUUCUUAUAGGGAAAUUUUUCUUACGAUACCGAUCAAUCAGAUUGGUUGCUCAAACUGUGAUUGCGAUUGUAGCAAUAUUCUUGUUUUCUUAUGUCUAUCAUUGCACGUGGGCUACUUCUGAAGCAUAUAGCAGUCCUUCUAUUGUGUUGUCAGCACAUGGUGGUGAUGGUUCAACAAUCAUCUUCGAUGAUUUUAGAGAGGCCUAUUAUUGGCUACGAAAAAACACACAUCCAGAAUCAAAGGUAAUGUCAUGGUGGGAUUAUGGAUAUCAGAUUACAGCUAUGGCCAACAGAACAGUUAUAGUCGACAAUAAUACUUGGAAUAAUACACACAUAUCACGUGUUGGACAGGCAAUGUCUUCUAAAGAGGAAGAUGCAUACGAGAUUAUGCGUGAGCUCGAUGUCGACUACGUGUUAGUGAUUUUUGGGGGUGUUACCGGAUAUUCCUCUGACGAUAUCAACAAAUUUUUGUGGAUGGUCAGGAUUGGUGGAUCAACUCCAGAAGGAGCGCAUAUCAAAGAAACAGAUUAUUUCACAAAAUCGGGGGAAUUUCGUAUUGAUCGUGAGGCCUCGCCAACUAUGCUUAAUUGUUUAAUGUAUAAACUAUGCUAUUAUCGAUUUGGUGGACUUUAUACGCUGCAUGGACAAAGUACUGGCUUUGAUAGAGUAAGGCAUGCAGAAAUUGGCAACAAAGAUUUCGAACUCGAUUUCUUAGAAGAGGCGUAUACUACUGAGCACUGGCUUGUGAGGAUAUAUAAGGUGAAGCCUUUGGAUAAUCGAGGACAAUAA